AUGUGCGGUACCCGACUCGUCCAUCAGCGCAUGCCGUCGAGGAUCAUCGGCGGUAGAAACGUUCUACCCGGGGAGUUGCCUUUCCAAGUCGCUCUCUACAACGAGAGAACAUACUACGGCACGGGAACCCUCAUAUCGGAUCGCCACGUUCUCACCUGCGGCCAUUGUAUAGAUGGGAUGAAUAGCUCGAAAGUGACCAUUUGGAUCGGAGUCCACAGAAAAAGCUUGCCUGCCCUAAUUACGAGAGGACGUAUGCAGACGGACGCCAUGUUCUUCGUUCAUCCAGCUUUCGAUAGACAAUCAUUGGCGAACGAUAUCGGGAUCAUCCGUCUGAAACAGCGAGUCGUUCUCGAUGGUUUCGUAAACAUAAUUUGUCUGCCAGCUCGAACCCUCGAACCGGCUCCCAAAGUGUUCGUUUCCGGCUACGGAUACGUUGAGCCCAAUGGCCCGGCAUCAGAUUUCCUGAAAAUCGUCCGUUUGGAUAUUCUCCCCAUGGCCCGAUGCCUGGAACUUUUGCCGGCAUUCAAGCUGAAUCCUACGACUAACUUCUGCACUUUAUCAGAAAACAAAGAUGCUUGCAUAGGAGACUCGGGUGGACCGGUUUUCCAAGAGGAGCGAGGGAGAUUGGUUCAGAUGGGAAUCGUGUCAUGGGGGAGGGGCUGUGCCGUGAGGAAUUCUCCAGGAGUACACGUCAACGUGCUCGCCUACAUAGAUUGGAUCUUAGGAGUAGUGGACCUCGACAGGAACGCGCAAGGUUGA